AUGCUGCAACUAUCGUUUCUGCCCGAUGUUUUGGCCCGGGUUGCGCCAGACAUCUCACUUGAUCGUCAUAUUGCCGAGGGCUUGCGGCCUUGCUUGCGAGAAUUUGACGAGUUUAAACCUCUAAAAACAACUUUGGGAGCACUAAACACCUCCGACGGCAUCCCGGUCGUCGGUUCCAGCAUCGUGAAAAGUGGAUCUACCACCGUUUUUUGUGGCAUUUCCGUAGGAACCGUCGAGAGAGACACCACAAAUACAUCCAAAUAUGCCUCUAUAUACCCCGUGGUGGAAGUUUCUCGAGGUAGAAGUGGCGCCCCAACUGACGAAGAAAUGAUCUUGUCGGAGUCACUCUACGAGCUGGUGUUGCAUUCGAGAAUUAUCCCCAGAGAAUCACUUAGGGUGACCCCUGGAGUGGCGGUGAUCAAUGACCGUGGCACUGGUCAUCAGUCGGUGCUGAUUUACUACCCAGAUAUCAACCCAGACGAAUAUGAGAUUCUCGACAAACAGCGAAUGGUGAAUCACGAAAUGGUUUUGACAGCCCAUCUCAAGGUGUUGUCGCGAGACGGACCGCUUUUCGACAUUUGUCACAAGGCUUUGGUGGAAGCGUUGCUUAACGUUCGUCUUCCUCGGAUGUACAUUAAUGAUACCGUAGAUAUUCGUGUGCCUGUUCGUUCUCGAGGUAACUUUGGACAUUUAAAUUCACAGCAACAGCUCAACAUCGAUGCAAAUGCUGAGAUACUGAAACCUUUGGAGCUCGAAACUGCAAAUAUCGGCUUAUCGUCGUCGUUUGGUGUGGUGAACCAGUCGGUGCUUUUGGCUCAGCUUGAAGGUGACGCUGAAGAAACGGCAGCUACCUCCAGAAUGAACAUCAUCACUACCAAAGAUAAACUCCAGGGCUUCAGUCUCUCGGGAAACAUCGACCGAAAUAUGAUAAAAAAGGCAAUCGAGUUGUCGCAAUUACGAGCCGAAUUGGCACCAUAG